AGGCUCAGAGGCGCUCGUGUGGCGCGCCCGGCUCCGCGGCGCCAUGGCAACGGCCUUCAGCAGCGACGGGGAGGCCGUGCUGAGGCGGGAGCUGGGCCCGGCGGCGGCACCAUCGGCACCGCGGGGCGACCUCGACGGCUUCUACGAGAUGGGCCGGGCCGCAGCCUUCGUACGGGGCGGCGGGUUCCGCAAGGUCGCCCUCCAGUUGCCGGACGAGCUCCUGGCGGACGCGGCGACGGUGGCGGCCCGGAUGGAGGCGGAGACCGGGGCUGAGGUGUAUGUCCUAGGAGACACCACGUACGGCAGGUCGGUGUGGGGCAGUGCGGGGUCCCGGCAGUCCUCUGCGGGCAGGAACGGGGUGCGCGCCCCUUGCCUGGCAGGGCCAAGGGCCGGAGUGGGAAGAGCUCGGCGGUACAGAGCCGGUCUGACACCGGGUUCUCCCCACAGCUGCUGCGUGGACGAAGUGGCUGCGGAGCACGCGUGUGCCGAGGCAGUGCUGCACUACGGCCCGGCCUGCCUCAGCCCCUGCAGGAAGCUCCCUGUGCUGCACAUCUUCGGGAAACAACCCCUGGAUAUCGGGCGUUGCGCAGAGGCCUUUCGGGAGCUCUACGCCGACCGGCAGAGCCGUGUGGUGGUGCUGAGCGAUGUGGUCUAUGCCCAUGCCAUGGGUGAACUGGAGCAGGAGUUGUGCCCCGAGUAUCCCAAUAUCGUCUUCUCCAGGGUGGUGUAUGGAGACCCUCCUGCCCCUGCACUGCCUGGGGAGCAGCGGCAGUUUGGUCGCCAGUUCCUGGUGGAGGCACCAGGAGGGCUGCAGGACUGUGCCAUGUUCUAUGUGGGCACCGAGGGCCUGACCCUUACCAACUUCAUGCUGACCUGGAAUCGCUGCUCCUUCAGCUCCUUUGACCCCACCACCAGCUGUGGCCGCAGGGAGACCCUCAAUGUCAACCGUGCCCUGAUGCGACGGCUCUACCUGGUGGAGCGGGCCCGGGAUGCCCGAGUGGUGGGCAUCCUGGUGGGCACCCUUGGUGUGGCAGGCUACCUGGAUGUGCUGCAGCACCUCCGGGAGCUGCUGCGCCGGGCUGGCAAGCGCAGCUACACACUGGCUGUGGGGAAGCCAAACCCUGCCAAGUUGGCUAACUUCCUGGAGGUGGAUGUCUUUGUCCUGGUGGCCUGUGCUCAGAACUCCUUGCUAGACUCUAGUGACUUCUACCGGCCUAUUGUAACCCCCUAUGAGCUGGAACUGGCCUGUAAUCCAGCUCGUGAAUGGACAGGGAAUUACCUCACUGACUUCCGAGACCUGCUGCCAGGUGCCUGUGCACACGUUGAGCUCCCACCAGCCAUUCCUGCAGCGGAGGCCGUUCCUGAUGUCUCACUGAUCACGGGGGAGAUGCGUGCCACCCACCUCUGCGACCCCCCAGCCUCACAGCUGCCCCCCAGCACUGCCCUAGCCUGCAGGGACCAGACAAAUGCUCUUGCAGAGAUCAGCCCUGCUGCCUCCUUCCUGGAGUCCCGCAGCUGGUGGGGCUUGGAGCAACAGCUGGGACAGACACCCGUUUCCAAGGCUGUGCAGGGCCGACGAGGGAUUGCCAUUGCCUAUGAGGACGAGGGGCGUGAGCAGUCCUGAUCUGGUAGCAGCGUUGACAGCCAGCCAGGAGCAGGGCCAUGUGGGAGCCCAAGCACAGCCUGCCACCAUGUGUUGGACCGAUGGGGUCUCACAGGAGUCUGGGUCUGCCACCACCUGGCCCUGUGCUGGAUGCAGCCUUCAGUCAGUAGUACCGUGGUGGGAGAGCAGGAGUUGCCUGUGUUCCUGAGGAUGCCAGCACCACCCUGGUGCUCACAGCAGCAGGGCCAGGCAAGGUGCUUUGCCCAGACACAGCCUCAAGGGCUCCCCAGUGCAGGGCAGCUUUGGUCCUACAUGGAAAGGUCACUGCUCCACACGAGCCUGUAGCACCAGGGAGCGAAGCUUUUGUAGGCUACAGUUGCUAACUGAAUCUGAACUGAAAAGGACUUGUGAGUCCGAGAAUAAACCAUGGGAUGAGGAACAUGGAAGUAAUACCAGGUGUCCCAGAGUGAAAACACAGAUUGUUGACAUCCCCUAGCCCACUCUGGGAGCGUCAGCUAAAACCAGGCCAAGAGAACAGAAGCCCAGAUGUGGGAUCGCCCAGAAAUGAAAGCCGGUUCACAAGCUGGGCUGGGGAGUUAAGUAAGGCAAGGGGGAGAAGACUGACUGAGCAAGCCCCUCACCUGAGCUGAGGAGGAGUGGGGCACACACAUACUGUACUGCAGGGAGGAUCCCAUAUUCAGUGGGGAUGGAGCGUCACCCCUUUCACAUGGGCAGGACUGUUCCUACUCCGUGCCAGGCAGGAGAGCAUGGGAAG